UCAAAUGAAACCCAAAAACCCAGAUCCAAUGAAACCAAGAAAUGGCGGCGUUGAAAUUAGAUCUGCAGGGACGAUUUGGAAGGGGUACGACGAUUUGGAAGGGUCGAUUUGGAAUUGGCGGAGGGAGGAGCAAGGUUGUUCUUGCUCUGGCGGAGGAAGGAGCGCAAGGGGAUGACGAGCAGCUGGGCUGGAGAAGGUCGGGUCGCGACGGCGAGAAGGGCGAGGAGCGAGAUUGCAGGGUCGUGAUUGGGGAGGGUCGGUGCAUCGAU